AUGUCAGCCAGCGAGCACGUCUCUGUUGCAGUUGAUUAUUAUCGCCUACUUCAGGUGCCGCGCGUCAGCAGGCCCGAUGCCAUUCGGAAGGCUUAUGAGACCUUGGUCAAACAGCCCCCAGCAACUGCGUACUCUGCGGACACGCUCUUUGCGCGUGCGGUGCUCUUAAAAGCCGCAGCCGAAUCCUUGAUUGACCCUGACCUGCGCCGAUCCUAUGAUGCCAAGGUGGCAGCUGGACACAGUGCCCUUCGAGUCAGUCAGCAGGACCUUCCCGGGGCAUUGGUCGUUCUUCAGGAGAUUGGCGAAUUUCAGCUGGUUUUGGACCAUGGCUGCCGUUGGCUUGAGCUUAAUGGCAACCAGCCAGAUGCGGGCGACGUCGCUGCCGCGGUGGCGCUUGCGUACUGCGACAGAGCCGGCGAGCGGCUGACGACGCCAGCAGCUCAGGGUGCCGUAUUGCCAGCAUGUGAUGAUCUGGACGCUGCGCUUGUGAAGCUACGGCGGUACGGCAUGGCGAAGCAGCUACAAACCCAGAUCGUCGGCGCGCUGCGCGACCUGGCACCAGAAUACGCCUGUGAGCUAGUGAACCUGCCCCUGGGCCCAGACACAGCUGCCCGCCGAGCCAAGGGGGUCGCCCUCAUGCGCGGAGUGCUCAGGUCCGCAGCAGCGGUGGUAAACGUCGUGGGUCAUGCCCGGCGGAUGAUGCAGCGCGGCCGCGACUCGCUGACGUGUGGAGAGCAGGUCGCCCUGUUGCCAGAUGCACUCCGCGGCACAGGCGCCACACCUCACCCCGACGUCCUGUACGACGGCGCGCUCGCCUGCAUCGUUGAAGGUUACCGUAGCGGCUGGCCGCACCUCGUUCACCAAGCAGACCUGUUGCUACAGCGUUUAGACGACGUCGUACGGCGCCAGGCUGAUGCAUUGAGGGAGAGAGAGGGCCUGGACCAGAGCCCCGCUGUGGCGGCGUCGAUGCGACGGGAGCACGCCCCGCCCGGCACACAUGACAUGCGGCCGGGGCUGCGUGCGCUGGUCACUAAGUGGCUUCAAGGUGUGGCACUGGCCAGCUUCAGGGACACAGCAGGCCAGCCGGCGAUGCCACUGGAGUCCUCCUGGUUCACCGACCCACGGGUGGUUACCUACCUGCAGGUUUGGCGCAUGUGCCGCCACACCGAGCGAGUGCUGGAUGCAACGCACUUCGUUUGCAACCUGCUGCCCAACAUGAUGAAGCUGCUGGCGGAGGUAGCCGCCAAGGCCGCCGCGGUGGCAGCACUGACAGCAUCGCGUGCGCAGCGAAUUGCCGCGGCGCUGACGGCUAUCGCCGCCGCUGGCCCGACAUCAUCACCCAAGCCCCAAGCCAGCCUGAGCGGCAUCGGUGGACGCGGCACGGGUGGUGCAGCAGCUAACCGUAGGCCAGGUGGCACAGCAAUUGGUGCCGCCAACCGCCUUUUCCCGGGUCCCACUGCUGCUACCACUGCCAGUGCGCCCGUUGCUGCUGCCACAAUGCCCCCGGUCUUUGAGGCAGCGGUUGGAACAUCGUCGGACGCCGCUAGGCGCCAUCCCCCGGCUGCUGCUACGCCGAGCCCCUUUGGUCAUCCAUACGGCAAAACACUGCACAGCGUCUCCCCUUCCACUGCCACGGCAGAAGCAAGCGCGAGUCCGUCAGCCCGUAUGAGGAGUGCACCGGAGACCCGCGCACCACCAUCCCAUGGGACGACUGCUGGUGCCGGCGGCGCCGCCGCGGCUGCAAGCCCACCGAGGUCUGCUCGCGCCGACGUCCGUCAUCGCUUCGCCGCCGGUGCCGCCAUCGACGCCGCGCAAGAUCUGCCCGGUGCCGGCGCCGCCGAUGGGCAUCAUAUGGCCAACGGCCACACUGCUCCUGACGAGUUCGACGAGAUGGACAGCCACGCUGCAGCGCUACGGCGAGGGGCGACGGAGCAGGACCUCCGGGUGCACCUCGCGGGCUUGGAGGCGGCCAUGUGGGAUAGCGAGGUUCCUGAGAGAGGCGGCAUGUCGCUACAGCGCCUCCUACUGAUGGCGGUUGGCGUA